AGUUACAUUCUUAGAAGGUGUUUGAAAAACUCGUCUUCAGAGCGAAAAUGUUCAGGAAUACAUUUCAAAGUGGAUUUCUUUCAAUACUUUAUAGUGUUGGCAGUAAACCUCUUCAGAUAUGGGACAAAAGCGUAAUGAAUGGACAUAUAAAAAGAAUAACAGACAACGAUAUACAGUCACUUGUUUUGGAGCUGAUGGGAACUAAUGUCAGUACUACAUUCAUCACUUGUCCGGCUGAACCUAAGCGAAGUCUAGGCAUUAAGCUACCAUUCCUUGUGAUGAUUAUUAAAAAUCUAAAGAAGUAUUUCACUUUUGAAGUCUUGAUUCUAGAUGACAAGAAAAUUAGACGGAGAUUUCGAGCUAGCAACUAUCAGAGUACCACUCGUGUAAAACCUUUUAUUUGUACUAUGCCAAUGCGCUUAGAUGAAGGAUGGAACCAAAUUCAGUUUAAUCUUUGCGACUUCACAAGACGCGCUUACGGAACUAAUUACGUAGAGACGCUGAGAGUGCAAGUUAGUAUUUUAUCGAUAGCAUUAAUAGUUAGUAUAUGAAAACGGUUAGUGAAGCCAUUGUUGUCAAAUAUGCAUUUCUGGAUUCACAGUUUUCAACGUCAAAAGACAUGAGCUCAGAUGCAACGCGAGUCCUGGGACAUAGAUCUUUGUUGAUUUUAUCACUUUUAAAAAUUUUACCAUAGUAUUAAUUUUACCACAUAAGCCAUUUUACGUUAUUUUACGACGAAUCAUGACUUAUUAAAGAAAGCUGAUAUUUUCGGCAGUUUUGUAUAACCAGGUUACAGAAUGAUCCGUCAUACGUUAGCGGUAAAACGCAGAUAAAUAUUAAAGAGGCACUAGUGUGAAUUGUUGUCAUAUAUACAUACCAGACGUUGUAACUAAUUUCGUCGCUGAUUUAAAUGAAUCUUUCUAGUGGUAUGAGUUAAUCUCAAUAUUAUUUGUGAAAAUUCAAACCAUCAAGGCAUUCACAUCUUAUUGGACAGUUACAUAGAAGCUUAGUUAUUCCCUCGAUAACUGUUUUACAUCUGAAUUUGUGUAGUGUUACUAUAUUCUGGAUUAUUUGGAUAUUGACAAAUUUGGUGGUGACUUUUCAUGUAUGAAAACACUUAGAGAACGAACUGUACAAGUAUUUUUGAUUGAUAGGCUAGCCUUAAGGCUAACUUAACAAAUAAUAUGAUUUGCGCAUAGCGAAUCUAACAAUGUACCAAAAGCAUUUAGUCACAGUAGCUUGUACUUUCUGUUGACAACUAACAAUGUGUUUACGAACACAAGUGAGCAAUCAUAGUUCAAAGCAAUAGUUUACAUCUAGGAACCAGCCAGCCUACUUUGUUGUGUAUUCAGACUGCAUUUAACGACUGGAUUUGAGCUCAGAGCCCAAAAUUCUUAAAUUAUCUCUGAAAAAUGUUCAUAUUUAGCCGUAUAUUUGAUCACAAUAAAAAUAACCUUUAACGUCUAAAAUUAUCAAAAUAAUUUCUGAAAAAAGAAACAACUAACAUUAUCUGGAAAUGGUAAGCACCACAUCAAGAGAAGUUGUACAACAAUAUCAGUUAUUCAAAUUCAUCAUUUGUAAAUGUAAUGCGUUAAUGGCUGACGAAAAUCUAUGACAGACCAAUGCUUAACAACUUGAAAAGAUUGUAAAUUUUUAAUUGUUACGCAAAUUUUUACGGUUUAGAUCUUGCAGCUCCUGAGGUCUAUAUAUGUAUGAGGGGUUCUGAAUGCUCGCUGACGAAAAGUUCCACAAUAGGACAAACGGCUAUACAAUCUUUCCUGGUUCUCAGUGAUGGCCUAGAUAAAAUGGGUUCGUGAUGUAGACUAGAAAAUUUCCACAGUCUCUACAUAUCAACCUGUACGAAUGAUAUAUAAUGAUUCUUAAGUGCCAACAUAAUAUCCCAACAUAAUGUAUUAGUAAUGUAAGCAAUGAUAGAUAGUGGCUAGCAGUGGAAUCCAGGACGCGAUUUUCGUCCUAUUUGGGACUCGCCAGCUGGAUUUACCUGCAUCUCAGAGUUGAUGUUCACUUUGCGACUCGAACUCAGUAUCAUUCGCUUCAAACGCCAUCGCGUUAUCCACUCAGCUACUGAGUCCUGAUAGCCACUUGCUUGUGCAAUGGGGUGAAGUUAAAUUCACUUGGUAUUGUUUGGCUUGUAUCUUUCCACUGACCAUCAUUACUUACACUACAAAAAGCCUGUGAACUAAGACAAUAUCGAGGCAUACGCACAGUAUGCACAUAUACCAACAACAGACUGGUCAAUUGCAGUCUUGAACCUCAAUAGGAAGAUACAAGCCAAACAACACCAAGUGAAUAAUGUAUUAGUGUUUAAAAGUAUGCUCAUUGUAUCUCUAAUGCCAUGCAUUUGAGGUGUCGGAUGAUUUUGGUGUCAUUUUUCGACACAAAAGGAUAACUCAUCUGCGGCUAUCAUUAUUGAUUUUAGCCACUUACAAUCUCUAGUAACUUGUCUAAACAUACUCCCGAGUUUGAUCAAGUGAUCUGAUGAGCAAAUAGUUUAUUGCUUUGCUAAGCAGACUUGCUAAACGCGGUGUGAGGUAAUUCUCCAAUUUCAUUACAGUCAGCACUAAUAGAUAACUUUGAUAGGAGUUAUUUUCGGCUUAGGUUAUUUUUUGCUAGCUGAUCAAGCUAAUUUAUUUAAAAUUUAAUUUAUAAAAAAUAAUAAAGUAUACCCCAGUUUUGCUCGGGUCAGCACAAGCGAAUCGCUAACACUUAUGUAUUAUGCUUCAUAUCAUCAUCAACAGGUUCAGUACACAUCAGUUGGUAGCUGAUGACGUUUAAGUACAGUUAUAUUACUUUUGCCGUCCUCUUAUGCCGGUUUAUUCCUGGAUAUAGAAAGAAGGCAGACUUUUUCAACAAGUUUCUUUCUAUUAUGAAGUUCAAAAUAGUAAGAUAUUAUCAAUUAGUAGUUAUAUUUAAUUGAUAAUGGUGUUUCCUUUUUUACAUCGUACGACUAAGGGUCUGUUUGGAUUUGUUAACAAGUGAAUUUUAGGUGCUAAACUAUAAGAUGACUGAAGUUCAAAUCACUCCAAUUCCAGAAGUCGUUAUUCAGAAUUUUUGAAUAAUAAAGGGGCUAAUUUCAUGUUGGUCAUAUCAUGUGAGCAGUGUUGUCUGAUCACUCCGGGUAAUCGAUCAAUACUACAAAGAUUAAUAAUGAAAGUAAUAUGUUAUUAUACAAUGGCUAUUAUGAGUUUGGAAAUAAGCUCAAAGGGUUGUAAUUUAUAGUGUUGUCACGAUUCCUGAAUAAUAAGAUAUAAAAGUUUUAUUAAAUUGUCUCUCUCCCAAUACAGAAUAAACAAAUAAUCUAGAUGACGAUGCUUUUUAUUUAUUUUUAGUUCUUCUUUAUAUAUGUAUGUCCUAAUGGUAGAAUAUGUCAUCUUUGGCGAAUAGUAAUUGAAAUCCACUUUGAAUUAGUUGCAUUGUAUUCAUUAUUAUUGUUAAAGAUAAUGAUAAAAUAAAAUAAGGCUUUACAGAUGGACGUCAUUAAUAUAAGACUGACCAAGUUUCAUGUUAGUAUAGUCGAAGAAUGGGAAUUAACUAAACAUGGAAAACAACAAAGGUGAUAAACAUAUGGCAUGCAAGAUAUUGAACAGCAGGGGGCUUCCAUAUCGUGAGGGAAGACGGAGCCUAAGUUAAUUUUUUGUUAGCAGCCUUCAGUAUUAUCAUUUAAAGUCUUGAACUGUUGAUUAUGAUGACAUCUAAGGAAUUACUGAGAGGUCUUGUAGUUGACUGCAAUAAAAUUAUUGUUGAUAUCGAAUUUUUUGCCCUAAAAUGUCUAUGUUUGUAAAGAUGCAAAUAUAGUGGUUUUUUUUAUUUUAGAUUCAUGCCAACUGUCGCAUACGCAGAGUCUACUUUUGUGAUCGGCUGUAUUCAGAAAGCGAGCUACCCCCAGAGUUCAAAUUGUAUCUUCCAGUUCAACAAAAAGUAGCUGCUUCUUGAUCUUGAGAGUAGGCAUUUACAAACACAUGCAAAUUGUUUAAAAAACGACAUAAUAGGAUGCCCAUUUAAUGCCUGUGAGAAAUUUACUUGUAAAAUGAAGUAAAUAAAUAAUAACUCAGAUAAAAA